CUUGGGCCACGGGCUGAAAAGAUCGAAUCGGCGGAUGUCAGGGAUCCCCCUUUUCAUUCUCGCUCUCGCCCCCCUUCCCGUCCGGGUCGUCGGCGUUCGUCCGCUCUGUUUCCCCCUCCUCGUCGCCUUCCCUCCUGCGCCCCCGUCUCCACUUUCCUCCCUGCUCGGCCCCUCCCUUCCCUAGCCGUUUGGCGCUGGGGACUGCGCGGUGAGGUGCCUCGCGAUUCGUUUUUUUCCGUGCGGAUGCGUGACGAGCGAUGAGCGCGGGUCCUCCUCCGAAGUUCAAGGUGGUCUUCCUGGGGGAUGAGGCAUGCGGCAAGACCUCCCUGGUGCGGCGGUAUACGUACGACUCCUUCGAGGAGUCGGUGCAGACGACGGUCGGCAUGGACUUCCAGAGCAAGACCGUGCACCUGGAGGACCGAUCCGUGCGGCUCCAGCUGUGGGACACGGCAGGCCAGGAGCGCUUUCGGAGCCUGAUCCCUUCCUACAUCAGGGAUGCCGCCGCGGCGAUCGUCGUCUACGAUAUCACCAAGAGGGCCUCGUUCUUGAGCACCAGGAAAUGGAUGGCCGACGUCCGGGCCGACAGGGGCGACAUGGCGAAGAUCGCCCUGGUCGGGAACAAGUGCGACAGGGCAAACGAGAGAGAGGUCACCGUCGAGGAGGGCCGAGCCCAGGCCGAGGAGCUCGGUGCCGUCCACGCCGAGACCAGCGCCAAGGACGGCACCAACGUCGAGGCACUCUUCAAGCAGAUGGCGGCCGCCUUCCCGGCGCCCGUGGCCAAGGGCGACGCCGGCGCCCCGGGAGCAGAGGACGCCCGGGGCGCCAACAUACAGCUCAGCGCGGGCGACCACAAGCGCUCCAAGGCCAAGAAGUGUAACUGCUGAGACUCCAGGUCUGCCUCCAUGCCCCCCUGCGACCACGCGCGAACCCUACCUCUGCGGGGCCGAAUUUGUGUUUCCCUCCCCUCCUUGCUCUCCUCCGCGGGGCUACGCCUUACAGCCGCUCGCCGCCCCUGCGCUGGUGAGCCUAGACACCUGCUUCUUUCGCAGGCGCGGGCUGGGCAAACGGAAGUGCAUGUCUCGUCUUUACCACGAGAAGGAGGAGGAGGGGAGGGAUCAGCUCGGAGUGCGGGCGUCCAUUGCGUGCGCAUGGUGCGAAGGCCCUCGCAAGGCUUGUGCAGGGGCUCACGCCAGGGGGCUCAGACACGACUUUUACAACUUGUCGGGCCCUCCGUGAUUGGGGGAAGAUGGGGCCGCCGUGUGCUGCGCGAGCUGGCCAUCGGAGCCUGGUGUCUUGACAUUUCGAGAGGAGGACUCGCGGGAAAACAGCCCAAGC